AACGCAAACAGAAGCGGAGAGAAACGCGGAGGGCAGGGGAGCUGAUAAACUGACCUCACAGAGAGAGAGAUAAACAGAUAAACGGGUAGACAGACAGAUAGAGAGAUAAAGAGUGGAGGUAUGUCGCUGUGCACAAACCUGAGGAGCGCUGAGUUAAUCAGAGCAGAGCCGCUGAAGACGGAGGGAUUCACCGUCAAAUCAACCAUGAAGAACUCAAUAGUGGUGGGUCCUCCUGCUGCAGGAGCCUUCAGAGAGCGUCCAUCCAAACCCACGGCCUUCCGCAAGUUCUACGAGCGCGGAGACUUCCCCAUCGCUCUGGAGCACGACACCAAGGGCAACCGCAUCGCCUGGAAGGUGGAGAUUGAAAAGCUGGACUAUCAUCACUACCUGCCGCUGUUCUUUGAUGGUUUGUGUGAGACGGUUCACCCGUACGAGUUCUUCGCCCGGCAGGGAGUUCAUGACAUGCUGGAACACGGAGCAACCAAAAUCCUGCCCGUCAUCCCUCAGCUCAUCAUCCCCAUAAAGAACGCUCUGAACACGAGAAACAGGCAGGUGAUCUGCACGACGCUGAAGGUUCUGCAGCACCUGGUGGUGUCAGGGGACCUGGUGGGGGAGGCUCUGGUGCCGUAUUAUAGACAAAUUCUGCCCAUUCUCAAUAUAUUCAAAAACAAAAACAUAAACUCCGGAGACGGUAUCGACUACAGCCAGCAGAAGCGGGAGAACGUUGGAGAUCUGAUCCAGGAGACGCUGGAGGUGUUUGAGCGUUACGGAGGAGAGGACUCCUUCAUCAACAUCAAAUACAUGAUCCCUACAUACGAGUCCUGCCUGCUCAACUAACAUACACUCAUACACGCAUACACUAACACACACACACACUCACACACACAAAUACACAAAUACACACACAUACAAAUACAUACACACACACACAUA